CUCAAAAAUCAAAACCCAAAUUAGCUAGGGUUUGUAUACGACCCUUCUCUUUCACUCCUGCUCGUCUGAAACCACCAGCCGCUCUCUCAUCAUCUCUAGGGUUCAAUUCACUUCAAAAAUUGUUCCACUUUCUAUUUAUUUGUGAGGUGUUGGAUUUCAAGAUUUUACUGUUUGUAGUAUUAUACAUAUGGAUCUGUACGGUUAGCAAAACGACCCGUAAAAACGAGUGCUUCCCUGAAAUUAUUCGGCUUUGUUUUCAAGAUUAGCGCGUAAGGUGUACAUUAUGGCAGGUGCUCAUGGUGGUAAGGGUGGUGCCUAUGGUGGUAAUGGUGGUGCGCGUAGUGGUAAUAAUGGUGCUCGUGGUGGUAAAGCUGGUGCUUAUGGUGGUAAAGGUGGAUCUCCUAGUGGUAAUGGUGGUGCUCGUGGUGGUAAGGGUGGUGCUUAUGGUGGUAAAGGUGGGUCUCCUAGUGGUAAUGGUGGUGCUCGUAAAGGUAAUGAUGGUUCUCGUAGUGAUAAUGAUGGUGCUCAUAGUGGUAACACUGGAACUCGUGGACGUACUCCUAAGCCGGGAUUUAGACCACCCAGCAGAAAAGGAAAAUGAAUGAGGAACCCAAUUUUAAACAAAUCUUUCUGGACACCCACCUCACUAAAGAAUGCAAGCAAAAAUUGUGGGACGGGGACAUUGACAUAUAUAACUUGGAGGAAUUGAAGUUUUGUACGGAACGAGCCAAAAAAGUAUAUGGGGAUUAUUUGAGUGCGAUGCGUGAGGUUUACGGGCCGAACUAUAGCGAGUUUCCAGAUGACCCUGAGGUGUGGGCACGUGUGGUCGGACAAGGUCGCACGCGCCGGGUAUACGGGAUAGGUUCUUCGGAUCUAGAUUAUUUGGUGACCGGGACAUCUUCUUCUUCUGUCGGGUCUGCACCAUCGCACGCAGAGUACCAACGGUCUCAAGAAGAGGUUCAAGUUAUGCGAACUCAAAUGGUAGAUCUUGAAGCUCGGCUUGAAGAAGAAAGGAAUCUACUUACAACUCGGCUUGAAGAAGAAAGGAAUCUACUUACAACUCGGCUUGACGAAGAAAGGAAAGCAAGGGAAGAACUUCAACAACAACUUCAAGAAUUUAUGAACAAUUGGCGUCCUCCUUCAAAUUAGUUAUAGUUUCUGAUAUCUUUUGGGAAAUAUGUUAAAUUGUAUUAGUUUACGGUUUAAACAUAUUUGAACUUGCGUUGCAACGCAUGAUUUUUGAAUUUGUGUUAUUGGAAUUUCGUUGGAUUUUGUAAAACAGGUUCUUGGUUCAAACAUUAUUCCUGCAUUUUUUUUUGC